AUGUCCAUUCGACGAUUCAUUUCGACGCCGGAAGGUGCUAAAGUCGCUUCUGCGCUCAUCGAAUCGCUCAUGGCACGUGUUGUGUCCUCCUCUCGAGGCGACGCGGCGCCCUCCUCCGACGCGCUCGGCGGCGCCGUGCAAAAGCGCAGCGAACAACUUUCAAAAAUGUUACAAUACGGCGCGCCUGAUUUUUUCGGCGCGGAUUCUCGAACUUUUUAUCGCGCGAGGGAUAUCCUACAACGCGCGCGAGAGGCUCGAGCGCUUCGCGACGUGGAGAAGAGAGAUGGUUUUGUCGGCGAAGCGUUGCGAUUGUUCGCUCAGGCGCCGUUAGCGGGCGAUUUGAAUGGCGCUUGCGCUGAAUUAGUCGAUUUGAGAGCGUUCCACGGAGUGGUCACGUUAAGUUUAGCAGCAGCGGCGACGUUGCGCAGGAUGGAAGAGCAGCGGAAAGCAGACGCGAGUACGGGUGGAAGAGUGCAAGCCGAGCCUGAUAUGAGUCUCGCUCAGUGCUACGCGUUGAUAUCCACGGCCAUCAAAUCCUUAGUCACCGGAAAACCUUCCGACACGUUUGUUCCUGACGACCAAAGAGCUAACACGAUGGGCACUCAACAGCAGCAACAACAACAAGAACAAGAUUUGCACCCGGGUUCCUUAGCGGUCGUUUGCGCUUCACUUCCGAAAGACGCCAGAGAAGCAGGCAUUCGACGCAUUCUCGAUAAAAUCGUCGAGUCCGAAGAAGACGACGUCAUUCAAGUCGCGGCGGAAACCUUGAUCGCUUUAGAUCGCUUAGAUGAUGUCUGUAGACUCCCACCACACGCGUUAGAGGCAUUUCUUUGCGAGUACGGCGCGUUGAACAAACAUUUGAGUUUGCAACCGACGACGAGAGAAGAGGCGAAACAUUUGCAACUGCUCACAAGAUUGUAUGGCGAUUACGGACAAGAAGGCAUGGCGGCGGAUGUAUGCGUCGCGUUAGCAGAAAGACACGUGGCUGAUCGUUUGUACCCGUCUCUCGAAGAGCGCAUGGGUUUGUUUCGCAUGGCGUUACAGUACGGCACGACGAAAGAUCCCGCGACGGGCGCGUUCAAAAGAGACGCGAGACAAAUCGAAGAGAUUGAAGGCAAAGCGAAAGUGUUGGAGUUUCAAAUGCGAUUGGAAAACGCGCUGCGAAUGAAAAGCAAACGCAUGCAAUCCAUGGCUGCCGGCGAAGUUGGUCAAGGUCAACAAAUAGAUCACAACUUAGUGCAAGAGCUCGAACAAGCGGCAAAUGAUCUGCGCGAAAACAUGAAAUCGAUUUCGGAUUUGUACAACGACAUUGCUCGACCGCAUCGGUUUUGGGACAUUUGCUUGGAAAUUAUCGCGUGGGCGCGACCUCAACGAGGUUCCUCGGAGGACCAAGAAUCGUACGCGGACGCUUCCGCGGUCCCGAGAGAACUCUGGGAUUGUGUCAUCAUCGAUGCUGUCCAAGAUGUCCUCUCUCGAGCGAACGAAACGCACACGCGGCGCGCCAUCGUUGCCGCCGCUUGCGCCGCGGUAGCCGAAAUCGCCCCGAAAGUCUUCACCGAAUCCGCCGCGAACAACGAAAUUGCAUUUCCAAUGUGCCACGUCACGUGCAGACUCGAAACGUUAGCGAGCGGUCAGUGGGGUGUCAUGCUCAACUCGCCGAGCGUCAACGAAAGCGAGCAAGCCGAAGAUGACGACAUCGCGGAUUGUAUGUUACAGAGCGUCCGAGGGAACUGUCCUCCGGUACAAAGAGCGUACGAUCGUUUACUCGCCGCCGAACAUCGCAGAAUGCACGACGAGGAAAUUGGCGAGGAAAUGCACAAGGCGUUACACUCAACCAAGUUGCGCUUGCGAAUGUUGAGAUCCGCGUUGCGCGUCAUGCACGCCUGGGAUGCGGCCACUGGAGGCAGCGGUAACGGAUUCUCCUCUGGAGUUGGUGACGACCGAAACAACUUUGAUUAUUCCUCUAGAAAAUCUUUCGCGAGGGCGUCUAUCGGCGACAUUUGCUUGGCGUACUCCCGAGUCUCCAAAGAGCUCGUCGGCGCUUCCCACGAACAAAACGUGCCGAAAGAACUCGCCGUCGCCUUUGAGCGUUUAGCCGAUCGAUUUCUUCGUUGA